AUGAAAGAAGGAAAGGAGGACGCGAGGAAAAGAAGCGGGAAAUUGCGUAGAUACAGAGGAAAGCAAUCCCUCUUAUCACGCUCAUGCCCCUUAGCUUCACCUAGAUCGAAUAGACAGGCCAAAUCAACUCGGUCUUCAUUAGUAUGCUUACUCAUUGCUGUGAAACCAAUGGUGAGGAUUGGUCACAUAGGUGACCUACAGCUGGGCAUAUACACUAAAAACCUAAAAACAACGACUGGAAACACUCCAUUCAUCAUGGUGUAUGGUGCUGAAGCUAUCAUUCCCCGGUCACCAGUCUACGAUUGGCAGUACCGCAUCGAUUGGGAGACAUAG